CAUGGCCUUACACCUAUUGAGUGAAAUUAAUGAUUUAUCGACAGAAUUCCCUCUUUUCCAAUUUCAACGUGUUUUGCUGCACAGUGUGCUUGUCAGUUUCCAUAAUACAGCAAAACAUUACCUGGUUUAAUUGAGGAAUAUAUUGAGGUUGUGUUGGAUCUACAUUACAUUCAGCAAAAUCUGAACCAAACUCUCUUAUACUUCACACAGGUUCUAGCAAAGAAAACAAUGGCAGAAGUUCAGCAAAACAAUCUCUCAAGGGUUCCAAACACAAAGCCUCCGUUCACUGUUGGCCAACUCAAGAAAGCCAUUCCCCCACAUUGCUUUGAGCGUUCCCUCCUCUCUUCAUUCUACUAUGUUGUUUUUGACCUUUCACUGGCCUUCAUUCUCUACACUGCCACCACCUUCUUCCACCUUCUUCCUCAGCCUCUUUCCCUCAUUGCUUGGCCAAUCUAUUGGGUUCUCCAAGGUUGCAUUCUCACUGGGGUGUGGGUGAUUGCUCAUGAGUGUAGUCACCAUGCCUUCAGCAAGUACCAAUGGGUCGAUGAUUUAGUCGGUCUCAUCCUUCACUCAGCACUUCUAGUAGAAGUCCCUUAUUUCUCAUGGAAAAUAAGCCAUCGCCGUCACCACUCCAACACAGGUUCCCUUCACCGUGAGGAAGUGUUUGUCCCAAAAUCCAUUGUUUCAUGGUACCACAAGUGCUUCAACAAUCGAAUAGGAAGGGCGGUUUCUCUUCUCAUUACGCUCACACUGGGAUGGCCUUUGUCUUUAGCCUUCAAUGUUUCUGGUAGACGCUAUGAUCGUUUUGCAAGCCAUUACCACCCUUAUGCUCCCAUAUAUUCAGACAGUGAAAGGCUUCUGAUCUACGUUUCUGAUGUUUCUUUGUUUUGUGUCGCAUUCUUUCUCCACCGCAUUGCAACUGUGAGAGGGCUGGUUUGGCUGGUCUGUGUUUAUGGGGUGCCAUUGCUCAUUGUAAAUGGCUUUCUUGUGACCAUCACAUAUUUGCAGCACACACACUCUUCCUUGUCUCACUAUGAUUCAUCGGAAUGGGAGUGGCUGAAGGGUGCUUUGGCCACUAUGGACAGAGAUUAUGGGAUUCUGAACAAGGCGUUUCAUCAUAUAACUGAUACGCAUGUCACUCACCAUCUCUUCUCUACAAUGCCUCAUUACCAUGCAAUGGAGGCAACCAAUGCAAUCAAAGCUAUAUUGGGUGAGUACUAUCAAAUUGAUAACACCCCAUUUUACAAAGCUCUGUGGAGAGAAGCAAAAGAGUGUCUUUAUGUGGAACCAGACGAAGGAACUUCCCAGAAGGGCGUGUAUUGGUACAGGAACAAGUUUUCAUGAAGCAAACAAUGAUGAG